UAUUAGCAUAUUCCAGUAUAUUGUCGUGAUAUUUUAUAUAGGACAAGAUGAUACUGCUAACCAAUUAUAAUGUGAAAUGUAUGUCAAUGUGUUUUUUGGUAGAAGAAUCAGAGCCAAUAGUGUGGAGAGGAUUAAUGGUAAUGUCAGCAAUAUGGAGGUUAUUAAGAGGUGUGACCUGGUGUCUGUUGGAUAUAUUAAUAAUUGAUAUGCCACCUGGACCUGGAGACACUCAGUUUAUACCUGUAUCUGGUAUGGUUUUAGUGUCAACUCCACAGGAUCUCUCAUUAUCUGAUGUUAGAAAAGGAGCUGAAAUGUUUAAAAAAGUCAGCAUACCAAACUAGUAACUAUAGAGUACCAUAUAGCCGGAAAUUUGGCGGUCUAAAACUUUGGCGGUUUUACAUCAAAUUGCCUAAAUAUAAUAUUGGUGGUCUCUUAAUUUGGCAGUUUACUAUCUUGCCUUUUCUUUGAGCACUCUCAUCUAAGAGGCUGAAAGGCAAUGAGAAAGACCUGCAACAUCACAGACUAGCCACCAUUGCUCAGUGUAAAAAUGAAAAUUACUGACAAUUAGAAAGAAUUAAUACGGUAUGGGGAAGGUAGCUUGAUUUCCCGCGAAAGGAAGUUUCCUAUCCCUGUAACUCUAAUAUCUAUGGUGUGGACAUAAUAGGUUACUAUAGCAACACAUCAUUUUUAAUCACUUCUUUUUUGUUCUCCACUUCAUUUAUUCCUCUUUUAAUUGCUUUAUUGUGUCUUUGUCCUCUCUCUUCCUUCUCUCUCUCUUUCCUCUAAAGGUGUGGUUCCAUUAGAUGGUAAUAUUUGUGGAUUAUCAACCAAUAGUUAUAUCAAAGUCUGAUAGUCCACAGGUUAACUUUA